UCAACAUAACAAGAGCUUGUAUUGGACUUUGACCAGAUAGAGGUUGAUGUGUUUGAAAAAUCAAUGCAUUCGGUAGAACAUUCUCUCGAGUUUCGUUUGAACAGAGGGGAAGAAAGUAUCGCACACUAUGUAUGUGGGAAACCAAUUGUCAAGAUGACGAGGACGAAUGCAAGAACUAACGUUAUGGCUGUGUGUAUUUAGUUAGCUAGGGUUAGCUAGCUAGGCAAGUGGGCUACCCAUGCAAGCCAAGAGACUUAUGAAGCAUCAUAAUUAAACAUUGGCCGAGAAGUCACAUCCAACGUGAUUCUUCAAUUGGGGACUAACUUGAAGCUUGGAGUUUCAAAGCCGCGUGAAAGGAAACAAGGGCACAAUCAAACUCAAGACAUCAAACUUAACUCAGGAAUGCCCGGAGCGUUCGCAGCCUGCUGCUCCUCCUGAGGUCUCUGCCCCCGUGUGUGGAGCUCUGAGCGUGCCCCCCCCCCCUCCCCCCAGCCCAACCCAACCCAACCCCCCCCAGCUGGUGUGACCGGGGCAGAAUGCUGCUGCAGGGCUGGCCCCAGCAGUGCGCCUGAGCAAGAGGAGGCAGAAGCCGCGGCUGAGGGAGAGGAUGGGGGUGAAUGCCUCCAGCUACCCGCACUCCUGCUCCCCGCGCUUUGGGGGCAACUCCCAGACGCAGCAGACCUUCAUAGGUUCGAGAUGUUUUGCAUUAACAUUUACAGGACAUAAUUAUUUGGAUGGUACGUCGUACUCGCCUCAGGGUUAUGGAUGUGAAGGGAAGCUGUACAGCCUGGAGGGCGGCGGGGGCGUCGGCGGCGCCGGAGGAGGAGGGGCGGGCGAGCGUCCGCAGGACCGCAAGAAGAAGAGCUCGGGCCUGGCCACGCUCAAGCGCCGCUUCAUCAAGCGCCGCAAGUCCAGCCGCUCGGCGGACCACGCGCGGCAGCUGCGCGAGCUGCUGUCCGGCUGGGACGUGCGCGACGCCCACGCGCUGGUGGAGGAGUACGAGGGCACGGCGGCGCUCAAGGACCUGAGCCUGGCGGCGGGCACGGCGCGGCCGCCCGCCCGCACCCUCCAGCGCGACCUGGCCGAGCUCUACCGGCUGCAGCUGUGCGCCGACGUGGAGCUGCUCUUCCAGGACGCCCGCUUCCCGGCGCACCGUGCCCUCCUGGCCGCCAGGUGCCCCUUCCUGGGCUCGCUGCUGGCGUCGAGCGGGGUCGGGGUGAGCGUGGUCGGCGGCGGCGGCAGCGGAGGAGGAGGGGUGAGCCCGGGCCUGGGCGGGGGGCCCUCGAUGAUCUUGGACGUGGGCGCGGCGGCGGGCGCGGCCGGCGUGGGCAUGGGCAUGGACGCCGGCGUGUUCUCCACGCUGCUCUACUACCUGUACACGGGCGAGCUGAGCGGCGAGGAGACGCGGCUGCGCAGCGGCGAGCUGCUGCUGCGCCUGGGCGAGGAGUUCGGCACGCCCAACUCGCUGGAGGCCGACAUGCGCGCGCUCUGGGAGCGCAUGAGCCACCACGACUCGCUGCUCUACUUCGCCUCCGACGCCGAGCUGGAGGCCGGCACGCCGGGCGGGGUCAGCGGAGGCGCGCAGACGCCCCUGGGGCCCGGGGCCACCGCCGUCAUGGGCGAGGAGGAGCUCCGCGCGCACAAGGCCGUCCUCUCGGCCCGCUCGCCGUUCUUCCGGAGCCUCCUGCAGCGCCGCACGCGGGCCGGAGCCGGACCGGGACCGGGACCGGGACCGCCCGGCGGCGAGGAGCCGCCCGACCCGCACAUGCCGCCGCUGCCCACGUGCAUCGUCCUGGACGAGUCCAUCAUCCCCAAGAAGUACGCGCGCGUCAUCCUGCACUGCAUGUACACGGACCGCGUGGAGCUGUCGCUGGUGCUGCGCGGGAGCCCGUCGGCCGGCAGCCUCGGGGAGGUGCAGGCGCUCGUGGCCGGGAGAGGAGGCGGCAUGACCCGCGCCGAGGAGGCCAUGGAGCUCUACCACAUCGCCCUGUUCCUGGAGUUCAGCAUGCUUGCGCAAGGCUGCGAGGACAUCAUCGCGGAGAGCAUCUGCCUGGAGUCCCUGGUGCCCAUCCUGAAGUGGAGCUCGCAGCCGUACGGCUCCAAGUGGGUGCACCGACAGGCCAUGCACUUCCUGUGCGAGGACUUCAGCCAGGUGGUGACGUCGGACGUGCUGCACGAGCUCAGCAAGGAUCAGCUGCUCGCAGCCAUCCAGUCCGACUACCUGCAGGCCAGUGAGCAUGACAUCCUCAAGUACGUGGUGAAGUGGGGCGAACAGCAGCUCAUUAAGAGAAUGGCCGACCGAGAGCCCAAUCUGCUGAGUGGCACGGCCCACAGCGUGAACAAGCGCGGGGUGAAGCGGCGCGAUCUGGACGUGGAGGAGCUGAAGGAGAUCCUGUCCCCUCUGCUGCCCUACGUCCGCACCGAGCACAUCCUGCCCCCCAACAGCGAGGUGUUCUCCGACACGAUGAAGCGUGGCCUGAUCAGCACCCCUCCCUCAGACAUGCUCCCCAGCGCCGAGGGGCCGGGGGGGAAGGCCAACGCCUGGCUCCGGCAGAAGAGCGCCGGCAUCUACGUGCGCCCCCGCCUCUUCUCCCCCUACGUGGAGGAGGCCAAGGCCAUCCUGGAUGAGAUGAUGGUGGAGCAGACGGACUUGGUGCGCCUGCGCAUGGUGCGCAUGUCCAACGUGCCCGACACGCUCUACAUGGUGACCAACGCCGUCCCCCAGUGCUGUCACAUGAUCAACCACCAGCAAAUGGCAGCCGGCCAGAUGGCCCCGCCCUCCGUGGUGGCCAAUGAGAUACCAGUGCCUCCGUUGUGUGUGGUGCGGGAGAUGAUCCGGCGGCUGCAGGAGCUGCGGCACAUGGAGCAGGUGCAGCGGGCGUACGCCCUGAACUGCGGCGAGGGCGCCACCGUCAGCUACGAGCUGCAGCUCCGCGUCCUCCGAGAGUUCGGCCUCCCCGAUGGUGCUGCCGAGCUCCUACAGAACCCUCAUAAGUUCUUCCCGGAGGAGCGCUUUGGCGACGAGAGCCCCAUCCUGGCGCUGCGGCAGGUGGGCCGCUGCCGGGUCAACAGCACGCCGGCGGCGGCCGAGGCGCUCUACCCGGAGCUGGAGACGCUGGUGGGCUUCCACCACCCGCCGCUGCCCCCUCCCCCGCCGCCCUACCACCACCCCCACCCGUCCUCCUCCGCCACGCCGGCCCACGGCCAGGGGAAGGGUGGAGGAGGAGGCUGGAGGCCCCGGGCCACCUCGCAGCCGCCCUCGCGCUCCUUCUCCUACCCCUGCAACCACGCGCUGCUCCAGCGCAGCCAGCCGCUGGGCGCCCAGCUGCCCGGGCCGCCGUACCCGCCCUCCGGGCACGGCAAGGCCCUCAUGCCGCCCGACUGCACCAACUUCGGGGUGCCCGGCCGGGGCAUCCAUCCUGACAAGCAGGGGAACAUGGAGCCUGUGAUGAACGAGUUCAUGCCAGACAUCGCCAUGGGUGUGUCUGCGAUGACGCUGAAGGAAUGCCGCAUGUCGGAGGUCAACAUGGAGGUCGAAGGUCACGACCUCCACCCUCUGACGCCCGCCUCCAUCCCCCACGGUUACGUGGGGCGCCACCCGCACUCCUCCUCCUCCUCGUGCUCUUCCUCCCGCAAGCGGCACGCGGCCGAGCCCAAGGCCGAGGCGCCGCCGGACUUCCCCGACCUGUACGAGCUCUCGGGGCGUCUGGCGGCGGGCGCCCCGUACGCCGGCCCGCCCGACCUCUACAGCCACGGGCGGCCGCCGGUCCCCGGAGCUCCGGCGGCGGGGGGUCCCCUCUCGCCCAGCGGCUACCCGCCCGACCAGCAGGGCCCGUGCCGGGGGCCGGACGCCGGCCUGCGCCUGGACAUGCUGGAGCAGCCGCCCCAGAGGCUGGACCUCGCCCUGGCCACCCACGCGGCGGCGACGGCGACGGGGCAGGUGGCCGGCCACAGGGCCACAGGGCGCCCCAAAAACGAGACGGACCUCACGUGCGGCCUGGGCAGCCCCCCUCCGCCCCCCCUGCCCCCCCAGCCCCCGUGCCCGCCGGAGCCCUACGAGGAGUGGGCGUCGGUGCGCAGGCCGGUCACCGAGGGGACGGGCGGCGGGGCGGAAGACGGGGGCAUCGGCGGCGCCAGGGAACGCAGGUCCCCCAGUAAACCAGAAUACCCUUACAGGAAGUCAGCGCUCUGACGCCCCACCCCCCCACCUCACUCCCAGCCAAUGAGAGAUGACGCAUGCUAGUGGGGGUGUGAGUAGAAGUUGCUGAGGGAAUGAGCUGCUGCGGUUGGAUGUAUGAGUGUUAACGAGAGCUCUGGUGGAAGGAUUGUAACUGCCAACCAGAGCAGAGUAUCGUCUUCAUGUUCCAAGGCACAAAUGUGAGGUGCGCUCCAGGUCUGACAUGCUCGGGUUACGUGUAAAAGGAGCACUUUGGUUUUGGUUGGAUCCACACACAAAGAUCCAUUUUCCCAUAGUUCACUUUUUUUGGUUCAGUUUCAGUCCCCCCCCCC